UUUUUUUUUCUACCUUAUUUUUUUUAAAGAAUAAAAUGUCAAUUGCACGCAUCGCCCUUCGCUCAGUCUCCUUCAAGCCUGCCGUCUCUGCUAUGGCUACUCGUAGUAUUUCUAUUAACGCUGUCAUGCAAAAGGAUGUUGUUCAAGAUUUAUUCUUGAAGGAAUUAAAGGGAUAUAAGCCUGCUCCCAUUGCCACUGAUGUAGAAAGUGCUGCCAAGGAAUUAAAGCUUCCUACCCCUCCUGCUGUUCCUCAAGUUGAUGCUGAUUUAUCUGAACAAUUAUCUGCUUAUGAUGCUGAACCCGAGGAAGUAUCUCAAUAAAGGGAAAUAAGCGGAAAAAAGGAGAUAAUACAUUUUAUAUAUAUUUAUAUUAAAUCAAGACUUCUAAGAAAAAAGGCACCUUUAAAAAAAUAAAUAAAAUAAAGUGCAUGUGUGUAUAUGUGUUUGAACUUAGAAGAGUGUUGUUAAUUUUAUUGCCCCGGUUUAUUAUUAUAAUUAUUUUUAUUUUGUCAUUUUUUUUUUAUUUAUUUAUACAUUUGUACAUGUUUACAAUAAAAAGCAUAAUACGG